AUGAAUGUAUUUAGAAUCCCUUUAUGUUAGGAUUCCAAAAGAAAGAGUUAAUCUGUUCUAUACAUCUAUGAAGAUGAAUCUGAAUCUAAAUUCUAAGAGACCAUCAAAUAUGGAGUCUUGGAAUACGAAUAACAUCAAUACCAAUAAGCUUUAUUCUAAUUUAAAUAAGCAGAAUAAAUCCUAAUUGCAAUAGAAAGUCCUCCUAUUCAUUAUUAACUAAUCAAUAAAAUCAACAUCGGUACUCAUGCUUUAUAUUAAGGGUGUCUCAUUCUAUGCCAUAGGAUGGUUGGAAAAUGCCUUCACUUGUUUCGAAGAUACUAUUUUGAUAUUGAAGAAGUAUAUAAAUCAAACAACACAAGAGAGAAUCCUCUUAGAUACAAUUAGGAUCUAAUGUUUUCUAUAAUGCUGCAUAAUUUUAUCUGAAAUCGGUUAGCAUCAUGAAGCAUUGGCUAUCUCUAAAAUUGCAAUCAAAAAGGCAUUAAAAUUAUUGUUUGAUCUCCAUUCCCACUCAGAAGAGUCCUUGCAAAAGAAACUCUUAGAAGAAGUAUUAAGAAAGUCAAUAGCUUUACAACAAUUAAAACCAAAGCAAUAAGGAAUAAUUAUCACUUUUCCUUCCUCUAAAACAUUAUAAUUGACUCAAGAAAAUCUUCUACAUAUCUUUAAAGAUUGUUCAACUUAAUAUUUUGAAAAAGCCAAUAUCCUUAGUUAAAUUUAAAUGACUCCUUUAAACUUUGAUUCCCUUCUCUUUCAAGUGAACUUAACUAAUCAAUAAUUCCUCCAUAUAUUUUCUUUGUUUGUGAUCUCCCUCUAUUGUACAUCAGCAGAAUCAAGAUUCAUUGAACAAAUCUUAGAUCCAUUACAAUUUACAGAAGCUGAAAAUUAUUUAUCGAGAGCAUUGGAAUUAGUUUAUUUGUAUUUUCCUAAAGAUAUGCCCUUGGUCAAUCAAUGA